UCGGUCAUUGUCCCAUUGGUACGAGUAGUUUCGGGUGUAUAGAUCCUGAAGAUCCGACCGAGCAUCCAGCACAGCUCAUCUCGAAACUCGCUUCUCCAACACGGUGUCUUAACCCCUCAUUGACGUCUCUCUACAAAAUGCCCUUGAGUCUGGAUCCCGCAUAUGCCAAGGCUGUCGCCCCAGCCAUAGCGGCCGUCGCCUCGAAGCCAAAGUCCGCGGUGCAUGAUGUCGAGGCGCGCCGGGUGGGCAUUACGGGCCUGUACGAGUCGAUCUUCGAGACCUUCCCGGAUGUUCCGAGCGUCGAACGGACCGUCCACCAGUUCCGGUCUUAUGACGGAGGCAUGAUCUCUAUUCAGCGCUACGCGAAGAAGGACACCGCGUCCACCGCACCUGGACCAGCGAUUGUCCACGCGCACGGCGGGGGCAUGUUCCAGGGCAGCGUCGAUCUGUACCGCAAGGUGUUCCCCUUUCAGGUCGAGCAGAGCAACAUCCAGAUCUUCUCGGUGGAUUACCGGCUAGCCCCCGAGCAUCCGCAUCCAACGCCGCUCGAAGAUUGCUAUGCUGGACUGUUGUGGCUGCAUGAGCAUGCGGACGAGUUCGCCGUGGACCGCAGCCGCAUUGCGGUGCAGGGCGAGAGCGCUGGAGGGAACCUUGCGGCGGGCAUGGCCCUCCUGGCUCGGGAUCGCGGCCUGUCUCCGCCUCUGGCGAAGCAGGUCCUUAUCUACCCUAUGCUGGAUGACAACAACACUGUACCGAACCCUGCGCUGGAGCCGUUCGCUACGUGGACUUAUGACGAUAACAUGACUGGCUGGACGGCCUUCUUGGGGCAAGACGUCGUCGGCACGGACAAGGUCUCACCUUACGCUGCGCCUGCCCGAGCCACCAACCUGGAAGGCCUACCACCGACGUAUAUCGACGUUGGCGAGCUUGACAUCUUCCGGGACGAAGACAUCGCCUUCGCAGGGAGGAUUGCGGCAGCCAAUAUCAGUUUGGAGUUGCACGUGUACCCCGGACUGCCCCAUGUCUUCGAAAUAUACGCACCGCAGUGUGAACCUUCCUUGAGGGCCAUUGCGAACAGACUCAGGUUCCUUGCCGAUUUGUAAUGACGCAGACUGGAAUAGCAGAUUGUGUGCGCUAAAAAAAACAGAGGUGGCCCAACCGACUUAGAAAGAUAUGAUGACGACAAUGUGUUUUCUUAAGGACAUUGAAUUGAGCUAUGAUGAAGUGACCGGCCCCGUAACUGGGUGAGGUGUAGAGAGAGUGCGUAAUUCGGGAGAGCGGAGUGGCUGAGCCCAAUAACUACAAGAUGGUCAAAGCUUCCGGCUAAGCCAUCAGAAUGUCUGCACUCUGCAUGUUCCGACACGGCUACCGUAGGCAGACGAAUAUUG